AUGGACGGAAAUGAGAUGGUUUCUAAGGAUAAAGAAAAUUUAUACCAAACAGGUUUUAACCCCACUAUUAAACUUGAUAGAAAAUUAAUAUUUUCAAGUAGUGAGAAACAUAAUCUUUGGGAAUUUUUUUCCAAUAAUUUUUUAUUAUUUAAAUUUUACCCAUCAGGAAUUGAGAUUGAAAAGGAAUUAGAAUCAAUGCAUAAGAUGAUAAAAAUUUUUGAAAACUGGAAGUCGUUGAUUUCAGCAAAAAAAAUGUCUUUAAUCGAUUUUUGCAAAGCCAUCGAAAAAUUUACAUUUCAUGCAGAAACUCAGGAUUACCGUUUAAAGGCAAUAUACAAAUACAAAUCACUCAGGAAAGAGGUAGAUUCAAGAAAGCAUUCUCUUAAAAGCGACAUAGUUAAUGAUCAAAUUCCUGAUUUGAAAUCAGAAACUCUUAAUCAGAACUUAGGGAAAGGAUGCGGGAUUGAGGAAAAGCUAAAAACCAGAAGAGAGUUAGCUUUAAAGAGAAGAAAACUGCUUUUAAUAAAUAGGGAAUAA